AUGGGCGCCGGUCCUGCCUCGCCGCAGGCCCAAGCAUGUGGCCCCUCCGAGCCUGCAGCCGAUAGCUCGUUUAGCUUCACCCCCAUUAAAGCCUUGCGCGCAAUUCCCCAUCUUUGGGAACGCAAACCAUCUACUCCCUUCCAGGCGGGUGCAAAAUCGCGAAAGCUGUGGAAGCGCUUCCAAACAUCGUUCUCCGGUAUGAAGUCGCUUGAAACGUCAACAAUGACCGAGCAGGGUGCAUUUCAGACAGCCAUAAAUGCAUCCCGGGACGCCGGUUACGCGCGAGGCGUGAAGCGUCUGCGUGUCGGGGCUGACAAGCCUGAAAAGCGCUCGAGCAUUCAAAUGCAAGGGCCAGUGCGCUCGUUUCUUGAGACCAAAUGGGAGCCCGAGAGAGGCCAGAAGCGUCGCAAAUUACCGGAUGCUCCAAUUGAUAUUUACCACGAAGGUUUGCGAGACAAUGAGAGCGAUGAGGGUAUGAAGGAAUCGGACGUGCCCCUUAUUUCUCUUCGCAGCCCAUUGAAGACAACCAUUUUCAAUGAUCACAUGAAUCGAACCUUCAAUGGUGUCUCUGACUCAGAUGGGGCGAAAAGCCCAGCGUCUGGGGCUAUUGUUCAGGAGCAGUGCGCAAUGAUCAACACUGCGGUCAAUGAUGAAAAUCGGGACAUGGCACCAACCCCCACGAAGGUCGUGCGCGAUUUGACACAACAACGAAAAGGCACAUUAGUGCGAUCGGCUCUACGCAGCUCACUUGAUGGAUCGGAUACAGCGCUACUCAAUGAUUUCUUGUCGAAGGCACAGGCCAAGCGUGCGGCAAAGGCUGCGUUGAUGGACCAAGAGGGCGACGUGACUGAAAAGGUAUCUAGCGCUGAGGAAUCACCAGAGGCAGAAAUGACGACACCACGGUCACGUCGUGCUCUGGAUGUUUUAGAUACAAAUUCGCCUUCGCCAGCCAAGCCUGACAAUUCAGUAACCAAAUUGGAUGUUCCUGUCAGGGAUGAAGCAUCCGAGAAUGAAGUGAGCAAGGUCAUUAUGGAGGAGGAGCCAGCACCUGGAAGUCCGUCCUGCAGACGAAGCACACGGGUGAAGGCUCCCACUGUCAAUCCUCCCCAUGUGCGCAACACUAUCGCCUUGCGCCGGGCCAAAGGCAACGAAUUCAUUUUCCUGCAGCGGACCGAGGCCCAGGAGCUGGCAUUAGCUACGAAGAAGAACACUCGGCUAAACAGGGGUGAUGCUGUGCCUCCCCAAUAUGUACUCGAGGCCUUGGCCAAAGAGCAGAGCGAAGGUACAUCUCAAACAGAAGGUGAUCGUAAAGGUGUCAGCCGUUCAUCUACUCGGAAGAGCGUGACCUGGAAUGAUGAACAGCUUGCGGAAUACGAGGAUGAGAGGCAAAGCCCAGAAGUUUCCGGGGACAAGGGCAACAGCAGCAGCGAUGACGUUGAAGAGAGUACCCGAUCACGAUCUGCAUCAACACGCCCCGAGAAAAGAGCAUCUAGCCAGCGCAGCAGUCGUAGCCAGCUGCAAGAGUCAUCGAGCAACGCAGAGUCCGAGAGUACCCCAGGCCCGGCUAAUGCACCUACUACUGCACCUCCGCGAUCGCGACGCCUGCGCCGUCUGGGGGAGUCGGCGAUGGUCUCGGGCACACCCGUGAAAACAGGCAGUGGUCGUGUCAGCAAGCGAUCUGCUCCUUCGGCCCCCACUGUGGCAGUUGCAGCAUCCGCUGCACCCUCGACUCCCACUAAGCCUCGCCGAAAAUUGACUCCCAAGUCACCAAGUACGUCGACGCUUACUGCUCCGGCCGCUAAGAUUGCGGCGGCUGCUGAGCAGUCUUUUGUGAGUGGUAUCCCCACUCGCAGCGCGAGCACUAGUGACGGAAGCUCCGAGUCCAAGCGGAGUGUACUCCAGUCUAAUGCGGGGUGCACACCUCGCCGCAUCCGAGUGAGAAAUUGA